CUUUCCCAACGCAUUGGUCGAAGCACCCAAAUCGGCGACAUGGCUGAACUGCCCGAAACGUUGUCAAAGCUGAGCGACGUUCGGAAGCAGCAAACCGCUUCCCUGCAGACUUUGGAACGUUUGACCCAGCAGCAUCGCGAAUGGCACAAGGCGGUGGAUGACUUGUUGCAGGAAGUCGACCAAGCCUUAAAAGCGAAGCAGCUCUCGCAGCUCCCAUCGCCAAAGGAGGUGGAUGAAGACCACAACACCUCGGGGCUGUCCUCGGAGCAAUUUUCUAGUUUCAGCGCCAGGGAAAGGAGCAAAAUGGAGCCCGUUGGCUCAUCGCCAAACUUCCGCGGAAGCAGCGAGACUUUGAACAAACGAGCCACGCGGAGUAUGAGUUCGAACUCGCUCCUGAGGUCUCGCACCACCUUGGCACAAGACUUUCCCCAAGGACCUCUACGGAAAGUGGUGGUGGAGGUUAUGGCGGAUGAUCACUUCCAGGCGGGCGAAAUCGACACCUGGUGGGCUCGCGCGCAGAGCAUUGCUGGGGAGAUCGUGAGCUCGCGGUGGUUUGAAUUCACAGCGGGCUUUGUGAUCCUUCUGAAUCUGAUCACCAUCGGCAUAGAAGCACAUCUGUCGGUGAAGAAUGACACGGCCUUUGAUUCUGACUUUUGGCCGGGAGGAGUGGAACGUAUCUUCCUGACCUUGUACUGCAUCGAAGCCUUGAUCCGAGUCACUGCGGGUGGUUGGUCAACCUUCAGGGAUCUCUGGUUCCUGUUGGACUUGGUUUUGAUCCUGGUGGGCCUUUUAGCUUUGCUGGUCAUUCCCAUCUUGGCCGCUGAAACCGGGGUCUCCUUUGAGAAGCUCCUGGUGGUGCGCGGCCUACGGCUCUUCCGCCUCGUUCGAGCCUUGAGGAUGCUGAGUCACUUCAAGAUCGUGUGGCGAUUGGUGUAUGGUUUGCUGACAGCAGGGCAAACUAUCCUGUCAAUGACCAUGCUGAUCGCGGUAUCUCUGUUCAUCUUCGCGUGUGUGGCAGUUGAGCUCAUAGCCAAGGAUCCAGAUCUACGCGACCAUCAUGAUCCCAGCAUUCAAGCUUUAGUUGAGACCAACUUUUUUGGCCUCAAUCGAGCCUUGUUGACCCUGUUGCAAUUCGUGACCUUGGACGACAUCGCAGAUGUCUACUUUCCCUUGGUGCUGGAGAAGCCAUAUCUUUGUGCAUUUUUCUUCCCCAUUCUGAUCUUCAUUUCCAUAGGCCUCAUGAAUCUCGUCACCGCUGCCCUGGUCGAAAACGCCAUGCAGACGGCGGCGAUCGAAGCAGAGGAGGAGAAACAAAAGUUGAAGAAAAAAGUCAAAGGAGCCUUGCCAUCUUUGAUCGAAAUCUUCCACCAACUUGAUGCUGACAAGUCUGGACAGAUCACCCAUGAUGAGGUUGAGAAUGUGCCGGUCUCAAUUUUGCCGCCACGAGUUUUAGAUUCCCUGUGCGUGGAAAACAUCACGGAUAUCUUCGACUAUCUGGAUGUGGAUGGAACUGGGGAACUGUCGCAGAUGGAAUUUGUGGAGGGAUUGCUGAAUCUGUGCCUAUUAGACAUGCCCAUCUCCACCAUCCAGACCUUGAAGCUCCUGCAGUUGCUGCGCGGCGGGAUGGUGAAAACCGACGAAAAGGUGAAUCUCAUCGGCUCUCAGGUCCAGGAGCUUCAUGAAGCAGUUUGUGGAAGUAUCAUCCGAAACUAUCGAGUUUGAGUCGGGGAGAUCCAUUGAUUUUGCUGCCCAAAAACAAACGGGGCUCUGGUAUGGCCGAGCGGCCGAGGUUAGAUGGAUGUAGAUAUAGUGUUUCACUGGUCAAAAUGCGGCACGCAACCCAUGUGCUUUUCCGAUGUUUUUUUUUUUUCCGGACGUCACUUGUUCCACGGUUGUGAAACAACUGGAGGAAGUCGAAGGACAUGUUGUUGGUGGGUUUUCUCGCGGUCCUGGAACCACCAACUAAUCCGCUGGAAUACCUGCAAUGUCUGAUGCGAAGCAUCAGUGGUCGUUUUAGAGCAUAACAAUCAUCACAUCCGGAUACAUCCGGCAACUGGGCCACUGGGUGAAAAGGAAA